CUCCCAAUUCCUGUGCCUUCCCUGUUGACUCUAUCAGAUGGGCGACUUCGACUUCAAAGCUUGCGACUCCAGCUGUUGACCCAUAGCUGACCACGUUGACACGAAGCGAAAGUGUUCCAUUUGAGGAACCCGCCCGAGACGAGCGAUCCGAGCGACCGACUAUCCGUUGACAGCCCACGUUGGCUACAAAUCUAUCUCGCAGCACCUUCCGAAGCCGCAUGCGAAACCGAGACACUCAAGCCGCUUAAAUAUCGAGACUACAUACUGUUUAACCAAGUCCCACCAAAAGAAGCUUCAGCCAUUGACGUGGUGGUUGCCUCGACCGUCUCGUCGCCUCCGCCGGCUCUGGGGAAGCCAUAGCAGGUUCCCGCACUCAGCGCCGUGGUUCCGCUGCCCGCAGUUCUGCAGCCCCCGAUUCGAUAUCGUACCGCAUCACACGACGCUAGCGUUGUCGGAUAACGGAGACAGACAGGCAGGAUGUCGGGCGCCCAAGGAGGAGGCGACUCGAAGCUGUUCGCUCGGGGCAAGGUCGCCGAGCUGCGCUUCGAGCUGAAUAGCGGCGGCAAGAAGGACAAGCACUUCACCGCAAAGAAGAUCGCCCUCAAGAAGAUUGUCGCCAACAUGACCAUGAGCAACAACGACAUGGUCGCCCUGUUCCCGGACAUUCUAGGCUGCAUGAACAUUCCGAAUCUCGAGAUCAAGAAGAUGUGCUUCCUCUACCUGGUCAACUACGCGAGGAUGCGCCCCGACGUGGCUGUGAAGGCCAUUCCCGUAUUGGAACAUGACAUGGAGGACCCAAAUCCCCUGGUCAGGGCGCUAGCCCUCCGGACCAUGUCUUAUAUUCAUGUACGCGAGUUCGUCGAGUCGACUGUGCCUAUCGUUAAGCACCUCCUCCGCGAUCCGGACCCGUACGUGCGCAAGACAGCCGCCUAUUGCGUCGCCAAGCUCUACGAUCACGACAGGCAUAUGGUGGAGAAGUCCGACCUUAUCGACAGGUUAAACAGCCUUCUCAGGGACGACAACCCAACCGUGGUAGCUAGCGCUCUGGCUGGCCUGAUGGACAUUUGGGAACGGAGCGACGCCAUCAAGCUCACGAUCGACUACAGCAAUGCCUCUAAGAUGGUUGCCAUCCUGCCCGAUUGCUCCGAAUGGGGUCAGACAUACAUCCUGGAGGCCCUCAUGUCCUACGUGCCGCAAGAAACCGGAGAGGCGGCGCUUCUUGCUGAGCGCAUCGCCCCGCGCCUCUCGCACUCCAACUCGGCAGUCGUGCUCACCUGCAUACGCGUGAUUCUCUACCUGAUGAACUACAUCUCCGACCAGAAACAGAUAUCCGCUCUUUGCCGGAAGCUGUCGCCACCACUAGUGACGCUGCUCGCCAAGGGGCCCGAAGUUCAGUACCUCGCGCUACGAAACGCCUUGCUAAUCCUCCAGCGGCGACCCGAAGUGCUCCGCAACGACAUCCGGGUCUUUUUUUGCAAAUACAAUGACCCUAUCUACGUCAAGGUCACAAAGCUCGAACUCAUCUUCAUGCUCGCCAACGAGAAAAACAUUGACGAGGUGCUUACCGAGCUCCGCGAAUACGCCACCGAGAUCGACGUCCACUUUGUCAGAAAAGCCGUCCGCGCCAUCGGGAAACUGGCCAUCAAGAUCGAGCCUGCCGCCAGGCGGUGUAUCAACCUCUUGCUCGAGCUCGUCGCCACAAAAGUCACCUACAUAGUGCAGGAGGCAACCGUCGUGAUCCGCAACAUCUUCCGUAAAUACCCCAACCAGUACGAAAGCAUCAUCGGCACUCUCUGCGAGCACCUCGACUCGCUCGACGAGCCCGAAGCCAAGGCGGCCAUGGUGUGGGUCAUUGGCCAGUACGCAAGCCGCAUCGAGAACUCGGACGCCCUCCUCGAGGACUUCCUCUUCUCCUUCGCCGAAGAGCCCGUUGAAGUCCAGCUCGCCCUCCUGACAGCGACCGUCAAGCUCUUCAUCCAACGCCCCACCAAGGGCCAGGACCUCGUCCCCAAGGUCCUCAAAUGGGCCACCGAAGAGACCGAUAACCCGGACCUCCGCGACAGGGCCUACAUGUACUGGCGCCUGCUGUCGACCGACAUGGAGGCGGCCAAGCGCAUCGUCAUGGGCGACAAGCCCGCCAUCACGGCCGAGUCGGAGCGCCUCGACCCGGUCACGCUCGAGGAGAUGUGCCUCAACGUCGGCACCCUCGCCACCGUCUACCUGAAACCCGUGCAAACCGUCUUCCGCAACGCGAGGCCGCGCCGCCUGCAGGACUCGCCCGCCCUGCAGCGCGAGGAACUCCCUGGCCCCGUGACAGGGCUCCGGUCGGAUGCGAAUAAGAGUCUGAGCCAGCUCGGCAUGGGCGGGCAGGCCGCGGAUUUUGACCCACGUACGGAAAGGGGGAAUCCACCGAAUGGCAAUGGGAAUCUGGCGCAGGCGGUUAGUGAUGCGGACGCGUACUUUGCCUCGCAGAUGCGUGGGAUGCAGAUCCAGGAACAGGGGGACAGUUUUGGGGGGAAUGCUGGGGAGGCGGCGGGGUAUGUGGUUAACCAGUAUGGUGGUAAUCAGGGCGUGUAUCAGCAUGGGCAGACGGGGGAUUUGUUGUUGUAGGAUGCAGUUGGGUACUCAGACGGCCAGCUAGGGUCGGUGGUGGCGAUGUAGGUUAGUAUGGAGUGGUGGACUAGGUGAGGUAAUCUGCAAUUUGGGAAUGACGAGGGAUCUGUACAUUUGGGUUGUGUGACAGAAAGUAAUUGGCAGACUGACUUGAUCCUUCUGACUGCAGAAGGAUAUUGAGAAGAGUGCAGAGUCGGUUGCGAUGUGCUGCAGAUCAUGCAUGCAUGCAUGGCAUUGCUGCAGGCAAGGGAUGCCGGUAUGGGCAAGUGCUGUUUACUCGCAGGAUCAACAGUAUAUCCACCAUGGGCCACAAAGGGUGUCAGUGUAAUUGGAUGUCUCGCAUUCCGGGCUUAGAGCCCUAACAAAUCAACGUCUCU